GGCAGUUUAUUUCACUUUUAAGUAAAAGAAUCUGCCAGUGGAACUACAACCUUUUCAUCAGUAUUAAGUAGUUAUUGGCUUAGAAAAAGCUCCUAUUUUGCUGAAAAGCCACUUCUAAAUCAGUUUUGUUUUAUUUUAAGUGUAUGAAGAUAUUUUAACUAAAACUAGGCCAAAAACUCUUGUUGAGACGUGUUUUUGCAGUGUACGGCCUUUCGGCUGUAAAGAGCCUCUUUGUGGCCCUGUAAGCCGAUAGCAGAGAGUCCUGAGAGUCCCCAGGUCCUUCCUCUCCUCCUAGUGAUGUCACCUCCAUCCCAGACUCCUCCCCUGCUCCAACCCACUGGUAUAAAACGGAUACUUUACCAGUCCAGGUAACAGAUCAUCACACACACACUCACUAACACUAACUGGGCGACAUCAGCAGCCAGUAUGUCUAUAGGACUGGAGCUGAUUGGCAUCUCCCUGUGCAUCCUGGGAUGGAUCAUCGCCAUCGUGGCGUGCGCCCUGCCCAUGUGGCGGGUGACGGCGUUCAUCGGCAGCAACAUCGUGACGGCGCAGAUCAUCUGGGAGGGCCUGUGGAUGAGCUGCGUGGUGCAGAGCACCGGCCAGAUGCAGUGCAAGGUGUACGACUCCAUGCUGGCGCUGUCGCCGGACCUCCAGGCGGCCCGCGCGCUCACCGUCAUCUCCAUCCUGCUGGCCAUCCUGGCCGUGCUGGUGGCCAUCGCCGGGGCAAAGUGCACCAACUGCAUCGAGGACGAGGCCUCCAAGGCCAAGGUGAUCAUCGUAUCCGGGGUGCUAUUCAUCGUUUCUGGCGCCAUGGAGCUCAUCCCCGUUUCCUGGUCGGCCCACACCAUCAUCAGGGACUUCUACAACCCGCUGCUGACCGACGCCCAGCGGCGGGAGCUGGGGGCGGCGCUGUACGUCGGCUGGGGCGCCGCUGCUCUCCUGGUGCUCGGAGGAGGACUUCUCUGCUGCUCCUGUCCGCCUCGGGAGACACGGUACAACAGCUCCAGGAUGGCGUACUCAGCCCGGUCCGUGGGCGGCCCGGUUUUAGAGAGGAAGGACUACGUAUGAGAGCAGGUCAAACAUGACCGGAUCCCACAGGAACACUGAGUCCGGAGGGGAAGGGACUUGAAGAAAACAAGAGUUUCACUGCAAAAACAAAACUUUACCAAGAGUUUUUUCUGCAAAUAUCCUCCUGA